CUUGUUAAUCAUUGAAUGCCAGGAAAGAUAGAACGAUACUUGUGUCGACUUGUGUCACUAAAUGGAAAUCAUCCAUUGUAUACACGAAAGAGGAAAAUGUAUCGGAUAAAAUGUCUAUGCUCGGAUAUAAAUAACUGUAGAGUCAUUUUUGAAACUGUCAAAUAAAUAUGACGUAGUUCUCUAAAUAGCAUAGGCUAACGUUGUCUUAUCGUCUUAUCAUCUUAUCAUCUAUCUUCAACGAUAAGACGUUCUCGUAUGCAUACUUGAUACACGUACUUGUUACAUACUUGUUGUGUUCCAGUGAAACGUAAAUUGUUUAAUGAAUGUGUGGCACAUGUUGUUUUUGUUACGUCGUUGUAAGUGUGAUUAAUACAAUAAAUGGAAAAGUCGUGAUGAUAAAUGAUUUCAAUUGUAUACUUUGCUGAAACGCGAAAUCAGUUGCAACCGUGAUGAUUUCGACAUUAAUUGCAUCCUAUAUAUUGUGAGAAGAUAAUGAGCUGGUUACGAAACAGCCCGUUGCGAACAAGUUUCAGCAAGCAGCAAUCCAGAGACUCGCCACCGAAAGAUGCUGAUCCAUCUGCAUGUUAUGAUAGCUUCUGCAAACAUUCACAACAGAUUUAUGAAAUUAUUCUUCAAUCUUUACCUCCUAUAGGAAUACCAAAUCAAGAUGAUGUACUUGGAGUCGUUAAUCACAUUGAUCAAAUGGUAACAUUAUUGAUACUAGAACUACGAGAUUCGAAUGUGUAUAAUCAAUAUCAGCAUGGCAACACGGCAACACAUUCUCCAUGUUUAGAAUAUUUAUUAAGUGAAAAUUUACUUGUUAAAUUAUAUGAUUGGAGUAUGCAUACAGGAAGAUUCAAUAAUGCCGUAAGAUUGGAACAAAUAAAACUUUAUGAAUUACUAGUUUCGCAUAGUGGUACUCUUCUUGCACAUGAACCAAUUACAAGACCUCUUCUACGAUUGCUAGAAGAAUGUGCAAACGAUGUUAUGCCAUUAGAAGUAGAAAAAAAAUUAGUAGUAUUGUUGAAUCAACUUUGUGUUGCCUUAAUGCAAAAUAUGGCAUUACUUGACUUGUUUUUUCAUCCAACUGCAGCUACAAAGAACAAAUUUAUUAUAUUCAAUUUAUUAAUACCUCAUGUUCAUCGAGAAGGUGGUGUCGGUCAACAAGCACGGGAUGCUAUGUUAUUAUGUAUGUCACUUUCAAAAAGAAAUGAAGAAGUUGGAUUGUACAUUGCCGAACAUUCUAAUAUAUGUCCUGUAUUAGCUACAGGAUUGAGUGGCCUUUAUUCUUUACUCCCAAGAAAACUUGAUAUUGAAACAAAUGAUUGGCAUCAAUUAACACCAGAUGAUGUAAAUGAUUUACCUGCACUUACACAACUUAUGAAUUCUCUGGAAUUCUGCAAUGCAGUUGCACAGGUAGCACAUCCAAUAGUACAAAAACAAUUACUUGAAUUUUUAUAUCAAGGCUUUCUGAUUCCUGUUAUGGGUCCAGCAUUAUUACAAACUACUGUGGAAGAAUUAGUCACAGCAACAGCUUACUUUGAUUUGUUUCUUCGAUCUGUAACCAAUCCUGGUUUGUUGCGAUCAUUUGUUAGGUUUUUAUUGGAAGACAAUUAUGAUGACUAUAGAAUAUUGGAUAGCUUAAUACAGAGGAUUUCUUCUCGAUCGAGGUUAUGCAUAGUUACUCUGGCAUUGUUUGAAACUCUGGUUAAUUUGAAUUGCGAAGAUAUUAUGUUGGAAUUGUGUUUGGGUGCAUUAAAUCCGUGUUCCCAUGUAAUGCUUUCCCAACGUAGUCGACUGAGGGACAUAGAUCCUUUUGGACGUGCAGCAGAAAAAUUUUUGUCGCUAGCACCACGUUGUUGUUCCGCAUUUAUGUUAUUGGAUUCGCAAACAAAUUCUUUACCUAGCACCGUAUUGUCUACAUAUGAUAAAUAUAUUACAUCUGAAUCAUUAAAAUCGCUACCGACAUCGGUAAAUUACAGUACUAGAUUAUUAGAUAGUUUAUAUGGAAAUUAUCAUGCAUAUCUUUGUGAUGCCAGACAAAAAAUCAAAGCUUGCCGUAUUGCAUGUUCCACCUGGUCUUGUCAAUAUGACGGUAAUUUAUCUCAAAAUGGUAAUAUUAGCAAUCUAACUACAUUGAUGGAUGAAAAUAUAUCUGAUCAAUCGCAGAAAAAAAUGGAAGAAUCUAGAACAUUGUCUCUGGAAAUGAUUAAGAAUGCAGUUAAAUCAUGUGAAAAUAAUGAAAAUGCAUCAAUGGAUAACGUAUUACUUAAUAUUCAGUCUUUGUUAGAAGGCAAAGAUUUAAAUAGCAAUGAACACAAUAUUAAAAUUGAAUUGAAUACGGAUAUCGCUUUGUCUCUUGACGAACAGGCACAAUUGGAUGCUGAUAUUGCAGAAUUGUUGAAUGAAGAUAUUAGAAUGACAGAAUAUAUAAAAGAAACCUGUUUAAAUAAGAAAGAAUCUAAUAGCUGCAUAGACGAUUCAAUCAUGGCCAUGAAAUUACUUACAUCACUAGGAGAAAGUAGUGGUUAUGAAAGUUUUGCAUUUAAAGAAUCGCCAGAAUUAACACCAGAUAAUGAGACCAAUGAAGAUCGUAGGAGUGAACACGAAGAAACGCAUGUCAUAAUCGAAAAAGAAAUUGGCGGUGUCACUGUUCAUAAUAUUGCAGAAUCGAAUUUUUCAAGAACAUUGUCGAAUAAAUCAAAUAAAGACACAUUGUAUCGACAGGAUGUAUUCAAUGGACAACCAAAUGUUGGCAUAUUUUUAGAUGUGGUUUUACGAAAACUUGAAUGUAUGACAAGCAAUAACUUAUAUGUCAAUUUACAUCUCACAGGCCUCAUCAGCAGAUUGGCAAUAUAUCCACAACCCUUAUUGCAAUCGUUUUUAUUGAAUCAUUCUCUUGUAUUUCAGCCUAGCAUCAGAUCUUUGUUUCAGGUGCUUGCAUCAUUAAAACACAAAAUUGAUCAAUUUCUUUCAAAUCAUAAUAAUGUGGAUAUAUUGGUAGAACAAGCAAGAUUAUUUUUAAUUAGUAGAGAAGACAAGUUAGUAAAUGCCAGAAAACAUGUGAUAGAAGCUGCUGCCCAAUCAUCAUCUAUUAAGAGGCAUUUACUAACUAGUGAAUCAUUUUCAAGAGUAUUCAGAAAAUGGGAACCAAAAAGGAGAAGUUUAACAUCUUCAUUGACACAAAUGUUCAAACGGUCAAGUGGUAGUUUAAGUCCAAAUCUAACAAAUUCCGUUAGUCAGCCAUCCAAUAUAUCAGAGGAUCAACUACACGUAGUUAAACCUGGAUAUAAGUAUAUAAAAACUGCAUGGGAAUCACCGAAUGAAGUGAGUCCAGUACAAAAUGUUGUACUAUGUGCUGUUAUAUUAGAUGAAUGGCUUAAAGAGCUCGCUGCAAUUACUCAGGAGCAUGCCAUUAUGUCCAUUACAGAUGAUAUAAAAUUUAAAUCUUAACAUAGUAGUCAAUUAUGAAAAUAUACUUGUCAACACGAACAUUUGGCAAUAUCCCUCCUUUGCUUUGGAUAUGUCGGGUAUGUCAAUUAUUAUUGAUCGUUAGGUAAUAAAAUUCAAUGCAACAGGCAUGUACAUAUUGCAAAUAUUUGUGGAAAUGAAAAAUGACAACAUUAUUGCUAUAAUAAGAUAUUUGCUACUUUUUUAUUUGAUAUUGGAUUGGCAAUCAACAAUAGUCGAAAUAGUUACGAACUACGCAGACAUUGAGGAUACCAACAUGGAACGAAUUUAUUUGUUAUGUCGAUAAUAUUUUUUUUCAUUAAACAUAUAUGAAAAAAA